AUGGAACACCUCAUUCAGUUAGUUCAGGACAACCUAGUGCUGUACGACACCAGUCAUCCAGACUACAUGCGGAAUAAAUUGAAGGACGAAAUAUGGAAGAAGGUUGCAGAGGAAUUACAUUACAGCAAUUGGGAAACAGCGAAAGAAAAUUGGAGAAAACAUAGUGAUUGUCAUCGAUAUGCCCUCCGUAGACAGAAAAAAGAGUGGGCAACCAGCAACCAAAAUCAGAUGGAAUUUUUAGUUCCAUAUAUGGCCAACAGAGGUACAGUAACAAAAAUGAUGGAAAAGGAAAAUGCUACAACGAGCGUUGCAAAUGAUGGUGGAGGAGAUGACGUAACAGAUACACAGAGGAACGAAACACAAGAAGACUUGGGGACGCCGUUGUCAAAGAAGAAGAAGAAGAAGAAGAAGAAGAAGAAGAAGAAGAAGAAGAAGAAAGCAGAUGUCAGUCUACCGGAAAAGGAGGAGGAGGGACAGUUACGUAAUUUCAACUGUCCGCCGUCAGGAAAGGAAAGCGGUGUGAGCGUGUGA